AUUCUUCUUUUUUCACCAUUCUUGCAAAUCCCCUACACCCCCACCCCCACCUGUCUUAUCACUGUAAAUUUUGAUAUUCUAAGGUUCGUGGGUUGAAAGUGAUGCUGCUGCACCUGAUGUAUUUGUCUGAUGAAUGUGCAGGUGCAUGCGGAUGCGCGUUUGAUCAAUGGAUCUGUGUUCUUCAUGGAUUUGCAUCACCAUGGUUGAGAUAUAGAUAUUACAUGGUUAGAUCCGAAUCACCGGCUCAGCUCGGAACUAGUCAGAUGGUUGUGGUUUUUGGACUACCCAUCUGGAACCAGAACCGGCGUACCUAUUAUGCUUCUAAGCUGUUAUCAGAGGAAAAUGUGAAAAAUCCAUGGAAAUUGGGAAAUGUGAAAUCCGUUGAGAAACUGAAAAAAACAAUAAAAACGAUCAAAUUUGAAGCAAAAUUGAAACCGUCGAGUCGAAUCAACCGUAUAUGCAAGAUCGAUGAUACAACGCAGCUUUGUUGGUAAGAGACUUUUUCUCUACCCAAUGGGUCAUUGGUUCGAGUCAUAAUGGAAUAAAUGUGGAAUCAUUAUUAACCAUUUUUAAAAAAAAACAUCCUAUGCAAGAUCCAAUCUUAAAAUUGCAAGAAUUCAACCCUAUACCAAACGUUGUAGGCUUGUUUGAUUGACAAAAAAUCAUGA